GGCUCUUGGUGCUGCAUGUUUUCACCAGAUGUGAAGAUUUUGAUUUUCGAGGGUGCCUUGUGCAUACGUACGUUUUUACUAUUUGAGUAAUACAUGCAUAGAGCAUUCUAGUAAGUGAGAAUAGCGUGGCUUCUGAGUAUUGAUACUUUUGUUCUUGAUAGAUUCGGGAUUUCAUAUAGUGAAAGGAUAAGAAGAAAAAGAAACCUUUUUCGAAGAACUUCAGCGAUAAGAUGGACGGUUAUGGCCCUGAGCGUUUCAUGAGUCACUCUUCGAGUGGUCGGCAUUCUAAUGGCCGUGUCAACAUGUCUGCUUUUGGUGAUCAAUACCGUACCCGAGUGCCUCCAGCGGCUGCUGUGUUUAAUGUCGUGGACCAACACGGAGGUCCGCAGCCAGGUCGACGGCCGGGGCCACACUUUGGGGCACCGCAUCAUGGGACAGAGCAUGGGGCUUUCGCAUCCGGCAGUUCUCCGUCUGGUCGUGGCUUUGCAAGAGAGCCAAUGCGGAAUGAGCAAGGACGAGGAGACCCGCGAUUUGGAGGUGACAUGCUACCAGGGCAGUACCAUGCACAGCAUCCACAAGCGCUACAUGGCUUCAUUCCGGCUGGAGACCCGCAGCAGUAUCCUCCAGGCAUGAACACUGCCAUGGGAGGACUUGGCGGUGCGCCGCAUCAACAUGGAGGGAUGCAAAAUGGCCAGUACAGAGGAGGCGGCUUCGCGAUGCACGCGGAUCCAUACAGGGAUCCGCACAAUCGAGCAAGCUACCCAUCCGUGGGCGACCCGUAUCGACGCUACGAUCCGUACGCCCGCCCAAUGACGCAUCCAGAGGCACAUGGGGGCAGACAGCAGGAGCCGCGCCGAAGCGAGGGCGGCUUUAUGGACAAAGCAAAAGAAGUGGCGAAGACAAUUCUCGGCGGCAUUUCCUUUAAGGGUUUCUUCUCAGGCGGCAACACUCUUGGAAACGCGCCAGCGAACAGCGGACAACAGCAGGCGCCGUAUUCUUUUGUUCACAGACUUUUUUCGAGUGGGUUUUUCUCCUCUAGAUUCGCCAGAUCUUCUUAUCCUCCAACACAUGCAGAGGAAAGGUCUAGCAGCACAAGGGCAUCUGGCGUGAAUGCACCUAGUGCUGCUGCAGGCGCUUUGGCAUCACAGGUUGUGGGCAGAAGGCUUGCACCUGACGAACCCAGUUCUUUUUGCGGUCGAACCAGUGCUGUGUCGUGCAGUACUACAAGCACAGGUACAGAGCAGGGAACAGAAAUUUAUGCUGAUAGUCUCAUCUCGCCUACCGAGAAGAAUCGGCAAUCCGAAGGCGGUCUGCCUAGGGCAACGGAGAGUGAGCAGAUUGUUUCAUUGCGAGAAACUGAGCAGACUCUCUUGUCACCAGAAUUGAAGAGGAGAAAAACCACUCUUUCAUCUUCACCAAAUCAUAACUCUUGUGAUAAUGGUGUGACUGAGGAUGAUGACGAAGAGUAAUUAAAUCUUGAAAUGGCUUGUUCUUCCAAGGUUAUUUUGACUUUGACGUAGAUUCGGGUUUCGCAUGACUCCGGAGGAGAACUGCUGACGUUAUUCAUGUAACCAAAUCCAUGUCCAUCAUGGUUUCAAUCUACUUUGAAUAAUGAUAAUUCUUAUUCUGUCUACCUGUACUUUUAGGUAUUCCGGCGGUGUUCGCCGUGGCGACUUUUAUGCUAGACCAAGCGCGAUGCAUCCUGGCUUGCAGCCAAGGGAGACAGCACGUUUCCGAUUUGUAGAGAGACCGCCAGUUGAAAGAGAAACGGAGGAGCCGCGAAUGCCGAUAGAAGACGGUCCCGCAAUAGCAAACGGUCGGGCGCCACCCUCUACUUACCCACCUGUCAGAGGAGAAGCUGCGGAAUCGGUGUCCCAACGGAUAGAGGCAAGCAGAAACCUCACUAGAAGGAGUCUUACCGCGACGGGCGGCUUGGACCUCGGAGGAGGUGAGUUUCGAUCCUUUUGGAAGUCAUUUUGUAUACCUUCUUCUAGGACUGUAUGAUCAAGCUUGAAAAGUUCCCUUCUGCACGAAAGUUGAACUUCUUUCUUUGACCUUCAUUUAUUACUUCAUACUGCUACCUUCAGAUCUAGCUAUGCGAGACGAACCGGUGCGCCCGGUGGAAAGAUCGAUAGUCAAGCAGGAACCGAGAUUAGGUUUUGCAUCCGAAAGCGAGAUCAAGCAGUUUCUUGACGAGUGUGAGAAAGGUACGGAUGCUUGUAAAGUACUCUGCUUUCUUCGUAGAUGUCAUGAAGAUCCAUCGCAAAUGAAUGUGAUUUGUUUAUCUAGAGCAUGGUGCAAAUUCAAAUACGAAUCAAGUCACUAGACGAAGUGAUCGUUGCAUAACUUCACAAACUUUUCUCAGAUUCGCCGCCGUCCUCAUCAAAGCCACAAAAGUGGCAGUCGGCUGCCGCCUCUAGUGCACCGGAAGAUAGUGAUGAGGAAGACCCGCGCAAGAAGGCCCUCUAUUCAGGCUUGGUACUUGAAUUUCAGAGUUUAGGUUUGCUAUCAAACGGAUUAGUGUGUGAAAAAGCCAGUCGAAGCUUUCACCCAUACAAAAAUUGGUAUGUUGCUAUUUAUAUGAAUGAAAACGAAAUGAUUUUCAGUGCUGCUUUUCGCUGUCUUGUUGACCUUGACAUGUAGCAUAAUGCGACUUGUGUCUCCAACAGGUUGUGCGUCUGUGCCAGGACCACCAGAUCGCUAGAACCAAGGCGCAUGCGCUAUUAGACAAGUAUGCCGGCAAGGAGGCUGAACUUUUCGUGCGCCUCUGCGAUCACUUUCAUACCGAAGCCGCAUACUACCUGAAGCUGGAAACAGGGCUUGUGGUAGAUGACCGCUACGAUGAGCAGCGCAGCUCGCCACCCACGGCGACGACGACGAGAACGACAGAGCAAGUAGUCCUUUUUCUCUAGUAGAUCGGUCUUUCUCGUGAUUGCAAAAAGUUGCUUCAUACAGAAUCAAUUUGACACUAUAAAUAAUAUGACCUUAUCGAAGAAUAUUCCACAACGCAUACCUAUACCAGUCUCGUACGCGCAAGGGUAGCUACUCCGACACGCUACUUGGUGGCAAGAAGGAGGAGGGAAAGAAGCUAGCUGACGCAGCACCCCUUAGCGCGGGUACCGGACCAGUAUCCAGUCCUGGAUCCACAGGAAUGCCUAGUUUCACUAGCCCUGCCGUGGUACCGACUAGCACGGCUGCACCGAGCACCAUUAUUUUCGGCUCAACUUCGGGCAUGACAUCCGUAAAGCCUGUGGCGAGCGCUGCGAAUGGUGCCGCGGCGGUGAGUAUUUUUGGUUCAGCAACAGGGAACGGUACAUCUUCAGCGCCAUCCGCUUCUACAGUGAACAAUAUUUUUGGCGCCAGUGGAGAGCGUGGCUUUGCUCCGAAAGCUUCCCCGGAAACGUCUAUCUUCGGGCAGGCUGCUGCUAUAAGUACCACGACGGCAAGUACGACAACAAACAUCUUUGGCGGCUCCGGUUCUUUUGCAGCACCAACAACGGCAGGCACCUCUAUGUUUGGCGCGCCUGGAGCUAACAACAGUUCUUCGAUGUUCGGCGGACCUGCGCCUUCGCUGAGAAAGGACAGCUUUACCGAUACCAGCGUUCCACUGCCUGCGGUGCCAGAGGAGACGGCAGAGAUGGUUGCCGAGAGCCCGGCGCCCAUGAAGAAGGAGCCGGCCAAUGCAGAAAGCGCAUCGAAGCUCGAAGCGAAAACAAAACUGGCGUUCGCUCCAAAGGCAGAACCCGCAGAAGAAAGCGAAAAAGCAGUUGUAGCAAAAACGGAAUACAAGAAGGAGACAAACGUAGAAGGACCUGCGGAGAAAGCAUCGUCAUCAGCUGAGAACAAGGGACCUCCAGAUGGAGAAAAAGGACCGGAAUCAGGAAAAGAUCGACUUACACUUAUCAUCCGUAACAACAUUGACGCAAUCUACAGGAAGAAGAAUCCGAAGAAGCUUGGUGGCCUAGAUGCCUUGAUGGAGAAGUACAAUGGUAAGGAGACUGCUUUGUACAAGAAAGUAUGCGGCAUGUACGAUGUCCCCUUCUUGGAUAGUAAGGGUGGAAUCAUCCUUACCUACGCGUCCGAAGGCCUUCCCGACGAGGCGGAGAUGAAGGAAGGCGAUGGUAUAAAGCUAGAUUAUUUUCAUUUUAUUUGAAGGUUCUAAGUAAUAGAGUAAGUUAGAGGUAACGCUCUUCUUUGUUGAAAUGGUGAUAGAAGGUGCAAUUUCAAUUUUGGAUUCUCUCUCAUUCUACUUCAUCUCUAUAGCCAGUGAGGGGUGAAGGUGAUUCACCUGAAAUAGAAAACUUCACUUUCAUUGCAAUUAUCAACAGGCGAUGGAGCUGGUGGUGAGGCUGAGAGCACAGCUGCAACAGCUUCGUCGUCGUCGACGUCGAUCUUCGGUGCUGCUCCACCUCCGGGUGGGGGUCUGUUCGGCGAUCAGGGUGGAAUGUUCUCGGCCUCAGCGAGCACAACAACAGGAGGGACCACAGGUCUCUUUGGAACCGGUAGCACGCUGUUCGGCGGCGCUGGCUCCUCUGGUGGGCUCUUCGGCGCAAAGCCUGACGCAGCUGCUGGGGAGGCUAGUAAGGACGGCAAUUCUACCUCAGCAGCUGGAACAAGCUCGAUCUUCGGCAGCGCUGCUGGUGGUGAGAAAAAAUCAGAUGCUGCGGCAAAAAAUAUCUUUGGAGCCGCUCCCUCAACUAGCGGAACCAGUGGUGAGACCAAAUCCAGCGACAUUUUCGGAGCUCUUGCGUCCGGUGGAGACGCAAAGCCGAGUAUUUUCGGCAACGCUCCAGAAUCAUCAAAAUCGACUAGCAUUUUUGGUGCUGCAAGCGGUGACGCGAAGCCUAACAUUUUUAGCGCUCCAGCAGCAAGUAGCGCAGAUGCCAAGACUAAUAUUUUCGGGGCGUCAACAGCAGCACCAACGAAGUCUGACGAAGCGAAUAAACCAACUUCUGGCGGCAUCUUCGGCGGAGCUCUGGAUGCGAAUCCCACAACAGUGACAACCUCAUCGAUAUUUGGAAAGCCAGCUGAAGAAAGGAGAGAAUCAACGUCUACAGGCAUACUAGAGAAAAAGAACGAACAAACCAGCACAAGCGCUUCUACAUCCGCUGGCGCCACCAGCAACAUAUUCGGAGGAGCGUGCAGCGGAACAGCUGCUGGCACCGCGACAACUGCGACUACUAGCAACAUCUUCGGAGGAACUGCAUCCGGUGGACCAGAUGUUACUGCAAUCUUUGGUCCUGGACGACCCUCCGUUAGCUCAGAACCAUCAGUCGAAGGGAGCACAAGGAAGCCUGCAACAAAGAGGCGCUCCAUUUUUGAGGUAGUCAUUAUCUUUUCAGAGACACGUUUUAAAUUUUUCUGUUUCGUAUUCUCAUGAUGUGUGUCGUUGUAGAUUCAUAGGGACGACUCUUAGUCUGAGAGCGUCGCCGGAAGAUACAUGUACUAGGUGGGUUAGUUGUUUCACGGCAUUUCUCUCAACAUCGAAAGUUAUCUCUUCCCCUUCUUUCAGGCAACCGACACCAAUGCUAGUAUUUUCAAGAUUGAUCCAAACGCGAUGUUCAGUAAGGCGCCAACAGAACCACUUAUUUCCGGCACCAAUAUCUUUGCGGCGAACAAACCAAAGAAGACCAGUCUCCUGAGUGAGCGCAAGAAGCUCAUUAGCGCUGCAGCAGCCAACGCAGCGAAGAGUGGCUCGGACAAGAUCGGCACUCCGACUUUCGGCGCAGUCACUCCUGCCACAGCUGGAUCGUCUAAAGAAACGGGAGAUGUAAAAGACCCGGCCGCGCCUUCAGCGGCUUCUAAUAUCUUCGGAAAGCCAGCGAACGGCUCAGCAGCGUCGCAACCAGGAGGUGGAGGGAUAUUCGGGGGAGGCCUACAAGCUGGAGAGUCGAAGUCUCCAGGUGGCGGGAUCUUUGGCGCACCGCCAAAAACGUCGGCGAGUUCCAUCUUUGGCGGAGGAGGGAGCAUCUUUGGUAAGAUUGGGUCAAAUAAGGCAUUUUAGGAAAUGAUGAUAAUUUGCAUUCGAGAGAAACUCAACUUGAAGAUAAAAUGCUCUUCUGUGAUUUAAUAGCAUGUAUGCUGGUGAUAAAGGAAGCUGUACAACAAUCACGAUCACAAUUGAAAUUCUUUGAGGUGGUGACCGCAAUGCGUUUGGCGGGCAGUCACUCACAGAGCGAUUUGGAGCUGACGGCACAAAAGAGCCCGCGCCGGUUCCUGUUUUUGCCAACAAUACCAAGCCUUCAGGGCCAGAUCCAGCGUUGGCCGCUUAUCAAGCUAAAAGUACUCCUUGAACUUUAAGAAGACAGCUACCUAGAAAUACGAUCACUUCUCAUCUCUAAAUAUUCACGAUUAUCUUCUCACUGAUGAAUUUUGCCAACAGAAGUAUUAUUGUAUUCAUUGAAUAUAAAUUCAAUCAUUCGUAAUUGUAGAGUGAACUUUUUCGAAAUUAUCGAUCAAUCUCAGCUGCGGCAGCAGGUGGCAUUCAGGCAAUUGGGUCUCGCAAGAGAAGAGCUGAAGACGACAUUGAUAAAGACGCCCCGGAAGGCCGAGCCAAGGAGGCUGCCCGUGAACCCACUCUUGAGCCGUCUGGUACGAUUUGAUUUGUUUUGUUUUGCAAUCUAGGUUGAUAACUGUUACCUGGGUUGAGGUUGAAGACUGCAUCAGAUUUUCACAACGCAAAAGAGAAUGCUGUUGAAACGGAACGCUGUCCCGACUUCAUAUAUGCGUGAAGACAGGCUUCCUUCUUACAAUCGCAUUACAGAUGACAACAUCACGACACGUGGCGGCAAGCGCUCAGCAGCAGAAGCAUCGGCUAGUGGCGAGCAGAAAGAAAACCCCUUCUUGAAGAUGGUUUUCUCUGGCGCGUCGUCAUAAAUUAACUACUACGCUGUCGGCCCAUUAUCAUUUUCCCCAUUGCUGAAGAUAAGUAGAUGCUUUCUCGAUGCCCAAAAUAUGAAUAUUAUGCUUCUGUUUUUUAUUCCACAAAACCUAGUUCCGGUUCACUGUGAACCAACUAGGUCUAGGCUUUGCCCCUUCUUAAAAAUAUGAGAAUCAUUAACUGCACCUGCAGAAAUUGGUCGUUCUUGUAAACCUGGAUUGUGCGCGAAGACAAAGCGUGCACCAUCGACUAAAAGAUUGACCUUAUAUAUAACUACGCGAAAGCUAUGCUCGUUUGAAUUGCGCGACGGCUGUCUACUCCAUAGACAAAGGACUGCAUGGCAAGUAAGGCGAUUGAGACGAUGAAGACGCUAGAAUAGUGCGUCACG